AUGUCAGAAGUGCCGCACCCGAAAAACCAGAUGCGACAAUCGCAGGCCAACUUGUGGCUUCUGCCUCAAGCGCCGCUUGCCCUGCGUCUAUCCAGAAGACGAGGGUCGGUCAGUGGAGCGGAGAUCUUACAGGCUAUUCACCACUUGACCAGGAUAGUCGAGAAUCAGCACUCGCCGCAACCAUCGCCUGCGCAAACAGCCAACUCUCUCUCAUCUUCGGUGCUUCAGCCGAAUCUUGACAACUGGGCUGUACCGCAGAAUGUUGUUGUGCGACCACAGGGCGUCGAGUCAAUACUCAGCUGGAACAUAUUCGCCGCAGAUCGGCCAAACUCCUGUCUAUUUGCCAACAACAAUCCCCCAGGUCUAGGUAGUUACCCUGUUCCAGACACAAGCCAUCCCCAGCUCGCAUGGCUGGAGACCAAGUACAUUGAGGCUCUGCACACCAAGAAUCCCAUCAUUGAUCUUGACGAGCUGCAUCGUAUGAUGUUACAUGUUGCUGAGCACGGGUUCGACUGGUCGACCAGCGCAUGCCUUGUGGCUCUGGUAUGUGCCAACGCAGCCAUAACAGACUCGCAGACAGAGCUGUCUAGUAGCCAUGAGGCAACGCCUGAAAAAAAGGCAGAGAUAGAACUAUCGAUGCAGUUCUGGAGCGUGGCUGUGAAGCGUCUUGGCUACGCGUCGGCUCAGAACACUGUGCAGGCUGUUCAAUGCCUAUGCCUCGCGGGAAUAUGGUACAUGCACCGCCUAGAGCCACUUGAAGCCUGGAAGCACUUCAAUCUAGCCGGCGCGGCCUGGCAUACACUUGGCUUAAUACACGGGGAACUGUCGAGUCACGAUGAAAGCUCCAACGAGUUCACCCUCAUGCAGGCUCUCUGCUUUACAAUCUGGAAGUCUGAAUGCGAGCUGAGGCUAGAACUCCCGCUGCCGACUCCACCGAUCCUCGACAAUGCCUACGUGCCCCUCGCGUUUCCCCGCCCCCCAGACUUCGGCUCUCAUCCCGAUGCCAGCGACAGGGAGCGAAGUUGGUACUACUACCUCAGCGAAAUCGCCGCGCGACACGUGAUCAAUCGCCUUGUGCAGAUGAACUCGGAGGCGCCCGAGGCUCCUAGCGAGAGGCAAGUGCGCCGCAUGAUUUCUCAAGCCGAGAUGAUGCAGUCGCAGAUAUUAGACUGGUACUCAUCACUCCCGCCCAUCUUCCACUUCGACAUUCCUCAAGGCUACACGGCGGAUGCUGUCGCCGACCCCAUGGUAUUUAUUCUGCGGCAUAGGUACAUAUCUCUCUGCGAGUUAGUUUCACGACCUUUCGUAAGACUCGGCGUGGACCAGUUGGCAGACGACAUGGAUUCUUCGCUACACGGUAUAAUCAGCUCAUACGCAUCGCAAUGUGUACGGUUCUGCAUCCUGAAACUCGAUCAGGUCGCGGGGCAUCGGCAUCAGGGGACUUGGUACGGUAUUCGAGUGGCGACAAGUGCUGCACUGAUCUUGGCUGCUGUUGACAAGGCGCAGCGCUUGGCAAAAGAGGACGACGCUUUUCGUCUGGUGCAGAGUGUGGCGCUGCCUGAGACUUGGAAGGAUGCGGUCGCGCGGGGUGCAGCGUCUGUGCAGCAGUAUCUUGCUGAGCCUAAUGGGGGUUGUUCUAACUUGAAAGAGUUACUAGAAGGGGUAGUGCGAGGGUCGUUUCUCGGUUGA